CGUACCUUGCCCCUGACGAAACCUUUAAGGAGCUUAGGUAGCAAAUCCAAUAGUACUGCAUCUGCUGGACUUAUUUACUCCAGGUCUCUCAAAGUUCCAGAUAUCGGACAUCUUGAUGAAUGCUUUCAAUUUGGCAUUAGAGUGAAAGCCAUGGCCGCUGUGUCCCCAGAGUAUGCCCACCAGACCAAGGGCCCACGGAUCUUGGCUGUUUUCUGGAUCAUGACCAGCCUGGCCAUUUUGCUCGUUGCAGCCAGGCUCUUUAUCCGCAUCAAGAUCUUGCGCAGUCCCGGUGCAGAUGACUGGUUGAUUGCAGCAUCAAUGAUGUUCAGCAUCUCAUAUUCGGUGGUAACCACUGUCGAUGUUGCUUUGGGAUACGGUCAACACUCGGCGGCUAUAACGGAUAGACUAGAGCUCGUGCUGUUAGUCAACUAUAUCAACUUCGCCUUGGGGAUCAUUUCUUUCGCCCUACCCAAACUGGCGGUAGCAGCUCUGCUGAGCCGACUCUUGAAUCCGACACCCACACAACGUGCGAUCUUAUGGGGGUUGACGGGGUUGGUGGCAUUGGUGUCCUUCAUCUGCAUUAUAGUGCUCUUCACAAUGUGUGAUCCGCCAAGGGCCCUCUGGGACACGUCCCUCUUGUCGGAGGGUGCAACUUGCCGGAGCUCGUGGAUACUUGUUGACUAUGCCAUCUUCACCGGAGGUAGGUGCAGCCCGGUAUCUGCUUUUACAGAUCUGUAUCUGGCGAUCUACCCGACCAUCAUCCUGCUUAAACUGCAAAUGUCGCUGCGAAAACGACUGGCUCUGUGCGGAGCCUUGGGACUGAGUGCGGUCGCCUGUGCAAUGGCAAUCGUCAAGUGCAUGCAGCUCCCCGGUCUUGCCGAUACCAGUGACACAACGUAUGCCACGGCCGACCUUGUGAUCUGGACCUGUAUCGAAUCGAACGUCGUGAUCACCGCCUCCUGCAUUCCUACCCUACAACCUCUCCUUGAAAUCAUCCUGGGAAAACGCAGCCUGAGAAGCACCGGCGCAUAUCACUAUAAAGAGAGUAGCACUCAAGUGCCCACAUCGAAAAAGUGGAGUAGCAAGCGGUCUGGAGCCCGAAGAGACAAACUGGAGCAGAUGAUCACGGAUAUUGGGAGUCAGGAAAGCAUCUUGCAGACCGUGGACGACCACGGGGUUGAGAACCAUUGCAUGGGGCACAUUCGUCGCACUGAUAAGAUCACAGUCGAAUACUAA